AUAGGAAGGCACGUUACGAUGUUUGCGGAUAUGCUCCGCGGAAAUGUCCACUGUCAAGGUGCGUCGUUCUUUAUCUUUACAACAUUUGAAAUUAAUAAAUAAGCCUACUUUAUCGUUCCCCUUAAGGCUUAGCUAUCAUUCAUAAACAGAAACACACAACCACUUAGUUGUGUUAUUGAUUGCGACCGAACUACAAAGACAACAUGAGUAGUCCACCGUGGCCCACAGGAAAGAAACUGGUGCAUUUGGAUUUAAAAGGUGCCCCUCCGAAACUCGAAUACUUACACCAGAUGAUAGAGUGCUUCUCUCAACUGGGUGCGGAUGGCCUCCUUGUGGAGUAUGAGGACAUGUUUCCCUAUGAGGGAGAGUUGAAGGUGCUGCAGGCCACUGCACAACCUGUGUACAGCCAAGAUGACAUAUUCUCCCUGCAGAAAGUAGCAACAUCUAAAGGCAUGGAGAUUGUACCACUUGUGCAGACUUUUGGCCAUAUGGAGUUUGUGCUCAAACAUCAAGCCAUGCAGAGCUUGAGAGAAGUGUCAAACUGUGUGGGCACACUGAAUCCUCACAAAGAAGAUGGACGCCAACUUGUGACAGAGAUGCUGAGGCAGGUGGUCAAGCUCCAUCCAGGCGUAAAGACACUGCACAUAGGUGCAGAUGAGGUGUACAUGUUGGGUGAAGGUGAGAUGUCAAAGUUAUGGUUGGCUUCACCUGGACGCACAGUGGAGCAGCUUUUCUUGACUCAUGUUGUAUCAGUGGCAAAGUACAUCAAGGAGACUUGGCCUCACAUAACCAUCAUCAUGUGGGAUGACAUGAUGAGGGGGAUGAGCCAGGACACACUGAGAGAUAAACCUAUGGAUAUUCGGGAGAAUGGUUGUCCCGGAAGAUUUUCGGAAGAGGCACUGAAAUUUGGGAGUCUCCUGGAAAAUUCGGGAGGGUUGGCAACAAGUGGUAUCGUAGGACAAGUCCAACCAAUGCUGUGGGAUUACACACCUAAUCUGGAUGUAAACAAAACAGUGUCGUUGCUGGAGAAGUACUACAGUGCUGGUAUGCAAGAUGUCUGGGCAGCCAGCUCCUUUAAAGGCUCCACCUGUGUCUACACCAAUGUACCGAGCACACAGAGACAUGUAGAGAACCACCUGCAAUGGUUGAAGGUAGCGGCGUCUGUCCCCUCUGGUUUAAACCUUAAGGGCAUUGCCAUUACAGGCUGGCAAAGGUAUGACCACAUGUCUGUGCUGUGUGAGCUCCUGCCUGUCGCUCUACCAUCACUGGCCGCUUGUCUCCAAACACUUUUCCAUGGCCAGUUAAGUACUGAGGCUCAAAGCAAAGUGAGGAAAAUGUUGGGGGUGUCCUCUGUGGAGGCAGAGUCUAUGGAAAGCACAUCUGGUGAUUCUACCCUCUUCCCGGGAAGGAGUUUAGCAGAGUCAAUUGUAGAACUGGAUUCACUGCUUAGCUCGGAUGACAUCGUGUAUUUUGAAAAGAAUAUGUAUGUACGCGGAUGGUUGAGUCCCUACCACAGAGCAAGGAGAAUGGUAAAUCCUCUUAUUGCUAUGCAGAUUCACAGUCAAGCAUCAAGGUAUUUGGCUAUGCUGCAACAGAAGGUGGAUAUAGUAAGAGAGCGGAUGAGUCAUCUUUACCCAGAUUCAACAGCACAAGAGUGGCUAGAAGAGCAUGUUGGCCCGGUAAUGGUACCACUGCAGAGGAUUGUUGAGGAAAUCACAGCAUUUACACUGGAGACAGGCCCAUAGAAUCAUCACUGCUGGAGGGGGCACGGGGGUAUACUGGACUGCGCCAUUUGCAUUUUAAAUGUUAAGACACAAGAAAACCAUGCUUGGAUUGUGGAGUACGUAACAUGUAUAUGGUUUCAAAAAAAUAAAUGACAAUGAUUUUUAAUUGACAAUAAUUUACUUGCGUGUGUAUGUAUGUAUGUUCUAACAAAGGCCUAAUUCAGUAAUUCAACAAUUUACCAAUAUUUUCUUAAACAAAAAUAUAGAUACAGCAGGCUUGUACAAAAUUCCAAAUUUGCAAUUCUAAUACAUUGGAUGAAUUUAAAAAAUUUACUUGGCUUCACUUCACAGGAUAUUGA